AUGACCUCUACACUGUACUUGAUUGGCUUCAUCAAGCGCCGCCCUGACCUCACCCAAGAGCAAUUCUACGCCUACUGGCGCAACGUCCAUGCCCCCAAGAUUGCAUACUGGGCCAAGAAACAUGGAAUCACCGGCUACACUCAAGUAAGCAUCCUCAGCAUUCUCCUUCUCAACUUCAAGGGCUCACGUUGUUCCUUGACUGCAACGCCACUCCCCAUUACUAUCAUGGACUACGAUGGCGCUGUGAUAUGGCAGAUUUCGAGCUUGGAGCACUAUAUGAGUGCCUUUGCUGAUCCUUACUAUGUCAAUGUUAUUGCGCCGGAUGAGUACAACUUUCUUGAUAAGAGCAGGGAAACGGCUAUGGUCACUCUGGGCAAUGUUCAUCGCAUCGUUGCUGGUGGAGAAGCCCUCAUCGACAUUAGUCAAGAGACGGAAUCAUUGAAUGCAGAGUAG